CACUCCUGGCUGCGCUCCACCGACCUGUCUGCGCGUACGUGACGCAUGGGAGGGGGGGAGACUACUUAAAGGCGGAUUAACGCUGGCAAGACAUUAAAUCCAACCUUCCUCCACCCAGACGCAGCGCGCAGCCCAUCAACCUGAUCUGAAGAUCGAAAAUAGGAGGGCUUAUAGUAAUCAGCCCUUCAGACUCCCAUGACAAGGAAAAGUGUGGCAACGUCGUGGGAGCGCUCGGCACACACAACAGGACGCUCGCUGGCGCUGCGCGCUCAGCACAUAACCAACCAGAUAGCGCGCAGAGAGACAGAGAGAGACGGGGACGGCAGCAGCAUCCCGUGACGGAUGCAUUUUUUAGCUGAAAUCGGACGCUUUGGAGACUGACAACAACGAGAGUCAGGGAGAAGGAGGAAAGGAAAUAACGCGCUUUUUUUUUGGAGGGAUUUGAACAGAGUGCCGUUGUACUCUCGUCUUCUCCGGAUGAUCAGAAAUGGGGGAAUGGACUAUACUAGAGAGGCUCCUGGAGGCUGCUGUCCAGCAGCACUCUACUAUGAUAGGAAGGAUCCUACUAACAGUGGUGGUCAUCUUCCGGAUUCUAAUCGUAGCAAUAGUUGGAGAGACUGUCUAUGAUGACGAGCAGACCAUGUUUGUUUGUAACACCUUACAACCGGGCUGCAACCAGGCAUGCUACGACAAGGCAUUCCCCAUUUCACACAUUAGAUAUUGGGUUUUUCAAAUCAUCAUGGUGUGCACCCCGAGCCUUUGUUUUAUCACGUACUCGGUGCAUCAGUCGGCCAAGCAGAAGGAGCGGCGGUACUCAACAGUCUAUCUGACACUAGACAAGGAUCAAGAUUCACUGAAGCGAGACGAGAGCAAAAAGAUAAAGAACACCAUUGUUAACGGAGUACUUCAGAACACGGAGAACUCCACCAAAGAAGCCGAGCCGGACUGUUUAGAAGUCAAAGAGAUCCCUAAUUCGGCCAUGAGAACUACAAAGUCCAAAAUGAGGCGACAAGAGGGCAUCUCCAGGUUUUACAUCAUCCAGGUGGUUUUCAGAAAUGCGCUGGAAAUAGGCUUCCUGGUGGGUCAGUAUUUCUUGUAUGGAUUCAACGUCCCGUCGGUGUACGAAUGUGAUCGCUACCCCUGCAUUAAAGAUGUCGAGUGCUACGUCUCCAGACCAACGGAGAAGACAGUGUUCCUGGUCUUCAUGUUCGCGGUCAGUGGGUUUUGUGUGGUGUUGAACCUGGCGGAACUCAAUCACUUGGGGUGGAGGAAAAUCAAAACGGCCGUGAGAGGCGUGCAGGCUCGAAGGAAGUCCAUUUAUGAGAUCAGAAAUAAGGACUUGCCGAGGAUGAGUGUGCCUAAUUUCGGCCGCACUCAGUCCAGUGACUCUGCUUAUGUGUAACACACACACACACACACACACACACACACACACAUACAUGGGGAGGAGGUAGUGAAAAUAUGUAAAAAUGAAAAAUAUAUUUAAAAAAAUAAACCAUGAUGGACAUGAUGGACAGCUCCGCACGCCUAUUUCGUGUCAUGACUUAAAGAGUGGGCAGAUUUUGUUCGAUUUGUUUGGUCUUUUAAAGGACUCAAUGGCAAGCGUGGAUUACACGUUUGUUUACUUAUUUAUUAUUGCACUGAUGCAACUUUUUAGUAACGUUUAUACUCUAUGUAAGAUGCUAAAUGGAGACCAUGUUAACGUGUUCACAUAUUUACUCUUCUGUGGGCUGUACUUGAAGAGAGUAAAUGCAAAAAUUGCACUAAGAGGUGAACACUUGAGGGCCUGACCUUUAUCCAAAAUGUGCUACUGACCUGAUGGUGUUUUUAAGACAUUUCUUUCUUUCUUUCCAUCUAUUUCUUUUUUGGCACCAAC